UUUCUCAUUUAUGAACUGUCAGUCAGUUUAUUUUAUUUACUGAUAAAAAACAAGUAGACAUUAAUUCCUCACUCCGCCCCAUCUAUCUGUGACCUACCAUUUCCGUUUAAAAAAGUUCAGUUUGCAGAAAGUUUGAGUUUUCUCGUUGUGUGAUUAACGUAAAACAGAAACAAAAAAACAAUUUCAGUUUGGCUUCUUUAGAACCUGCAAAGGCCAGACAUUCAAAAUUUCUGUUGCCUCCCACAAUUCCAAUUGCUUUUCUGUAGGAAAUUUAUUGUGCGUAAACUGUUUACUGCUAUAUAUUCACUUUUUUUUUUCGGUUUCUGGGAUUCUGAAAGCAAAGAACCUAUUUUUAAUAGCUUGUUGGAGAGUGAUAGUUACUGUUCUGCGGUGUAGGUGGUGGUUGUGUUUAUGGAUUUAUGGGAUUUAUCCGUCUUGCAGAAGCCAGAAGUAGCCGCGAAGCAUUUAUGAUACGAAAUUGGUUGAAUUGAAGGUCAAAGAGAGCUGUUUUGGAAUAGUUGGUGUUGGAGGGGGUUUGGUACUGUUCCUUUUUGUUUUUUCCUGCAAUUUUAGGCUGAAUCCAAAAAUGGGAUUUGGUUUUCUUGGUUCUUUUUUUAUUCUAACGCUGUUCUUUAAGCCUUUGGUUUCUCAACUACCCAAUACAGACGGGUUAUUUAUCUUUGAUUUCUUGCAAAAAAUGUCCUCAGAUUCUUCCAAAGAUUAUGACUUCUCUGGCCCUUUUUGUUCAUGGAGGGGUGUGUCUUGUGAUGCCAAAAGAGAGAAUGUUGUGAAAUUGGAAGUAACUGCGUUGGGUUUAUCUGGUGUAAUUCCUGAUGACACGAUCGGGAAAUUGUCGAAGCUUGAAACUUUGGAUCUGAGUAGUAACAAAAUCACUUCUUUCCCCUCUGAUUUCUGGAGUUUGGGUACACUUAAGAAUCUUAAUCUUUCCUUUAACCAAUUUUCUGGAAAUCUCCCAAGUAACAUGGGCAAUUUUGGUCACCUACAAAUUCUUGACCUCUCUUUCAACAAUUUCUCUGGGAGUAUCCCUGAAGCAAUAAGCUCUCUUGUCAGUUUGGAAGUUCUUAAUCUUAGUCGGAAUGGAUUUGAGUCAAACAUUCCUUUGGGGCUAUCACAAUGCAGGUCCUUGGUUUACAUUGAUCUCUCCGUAAACAAGCUCAACGGCUCUCUUCCUCGUGAUUUUGGUGCUGCACUGACGAAGCUGGAAUUCUUGAACCUGGCUAAUAAUGAGAUUGAGGGCCGGGAUUCAGAUUUUUCGGGGAUGAAAUCGAUCAGAUAUCUUAAUAUUUCGGGCAAUCUAUUUAAGGGUUCAGUUGUUGGUGUUUUUGAAGGGCCUUCGGAGGUGAUUGAUUUGAGCAGAAACGAAUUUCAAGGCCACAUUGCAGAGGUAAAUUUCAGUUCCACCUUCAAUUGGUCCAAGUUGGUUUAUUUGGAUUUAUGCGAAAAUCAGCUUAGUGGAGUGUUUUUCAGUGGCUUGAAUUAUGCUCAUAAUAUCAAAUACCUUAAUCUUGCACAAAAUAGAUUCACCAGACAACAAUUUUUGUCAAUUAAUAUGCUCUCCAAUUUAGAGCAUCUAAAUUUGUCUAGUACUAAUUUG